CCCCUCUCCGCGCGCCGCCUGAGGGGGAGGCGGCGGCGGCGGCCUCGUCCUCGUCCUCCUCCUCCUCUUCUUCUUCUUCCUCCGCCUCCCGGUCCGCCGUCAUGGCCCAGUCAGGGCCCCGGCGCGGCCCCAGAUAAGGGGGCUCGGCCUCCCGCCUUAAGCCGGGCCCAGCCGGCCCCGCCGACCGCAGAUGCAGGGGUUGGAAGAGCUCCUUUCUGAGUUCCAGGACAUGCUUGGGGAUUUCAAACAGAUACAGUCUGCAAAGGACAUGCUGGAAGAUGUGUCAGCCCAAAUAGGACACCUGUGAUCUCUCGUAUGUGGAAAGAACGCUAGCAGAAAGGUGAAAAAAUGGGUGUUAAAACAUUCACUCAUAAUUCCCCUGCUCACAGUCAGGAGAUGCUGGGAAAGCUGAACAUGCUCCGCAACGAUGGACAUUUUUGUGAUAUCACCAUCCGCGUCCAGGACAAAAUCUUCAGGGCGCACAAGGUGGUUUUGGCAGCCUGUAGCGACUUCUUUCGUUCCAAACUUGUCGGCCAAGCAGAAGACGAGAGCAAGAGUGUGUUAGACCUGCACCAUGUGACAGUGACUGGUUUUAUACCUCUUCUGGAAUAUGCUUACACAGCAACACUAUCUAUUAAUACUGAAAACAUUAUUGAUGUGUUGGCUGCAGCCAGCUACAUGCAGAUGUUCAGUGUUGCUAGCACGUGUUCAGAAUUCAUGAAGUCCAGCAUUUUAUGGAAUACGCCCAACAGCCAGCAAGAGAAGGUGCUGGAUGCAGGACAGGAGAACAGCGCAAACUGCAAUUUUACUUCUCGAGACGGCAGCCUUUCUCCAGUUUCUUCUGAGUGCAGCGUAGUGGAAAGAACCAUUCCUGUUUGCCGGGAGUCGCGAAGAAAGCGCAAAAGCUACAUAGUUAUGUCUCCCGAGAGCCCCCUUAAGUGUAACACACAAACAAGUUCCCCCCAAGUGCUGAAUCCUUCAACUUCUUACCCGGAGUCCAGAAAUCAGCCCGUGGACUCGUCCUUAGCUUUUCCCUGGACUUUUCCUUUUGGAAUUGAUCGAAGACUUCAGUCUGAGAAGGUGAAGCAGGCGGAGAACUCUAGGACUUUGGAAAUGCCUGGGCCCUCCGAGUCCAACAGAAGAAUUGCAGAUUACGUGACUUGUGAGAGCACAAAAGCCAGUUCUCCCCUCGUGAUUGAAGAAGACGUGCGUGUCAAAGUGGAAAGGUUAAGCGAUGAGGAGGUUCACGAGGAAGUAUCGCAGCCUGUUAGUGCAUCCCAGAGCUCUCUGAGCGAUCAACAGACAGUCCCAGGAAGCGAGCAAGUGCAGGAAGAUCUCCUGAUCAGCCCACAGUCUUCCUCUAUAGGCUCAAUAGAUGAGGGGGUUACGGAGGGAUUACCCACACUCCAAAGUACCUCUGGCACUAACGCUCACGCAGAUGAUGAUGAUCGUUUGGAGAACGUUCAGUAUCCCUACCAACUCUACAUUGCUCCUUCUACCAGCAGCACAGAGAGACCCAGCCCAAAUGGUCCAGACAGACCUUUUCAGUGUCCAACCUGCGGGGUCCGGUUCACUCGCAUUCAGAACUUAAAACAACACAUGCUUAUCCACUCAGGCAUUAAACCAUUUCAGUGUGACCGCUGUGGGAAAAAGUUCACCCGAGCUUACUCGCUAAAGAUGCAUCGCCUGAAGCACGAAGGUAAACGCUGUUUCCGGUGCCAGAUAUGUAGUGCCACUUUCACUUCCUUCGGGGAAUAUAAACACCACAUGCGGGUUUCCCGGCAUAUUAUCCGCAAGCCUCGGAUUUACGAGUGCAAAACAUGUGGCGCCAUGUUCACCAACUCUGGAAAUUUAAUCGUUCACCUGAGGAGCUUGAACCAUGAAGCGUCAGAGCUAGCAAACUACUUCCAGAGCAGUGACUUCCUAGUACCGGACUACUUAAACCAGGAACAAGAAGAGACCCUCGGGCAGUAUGAGCUAGGGGAGCAUGGCUUUGAAAGCAACUCUUCUGUCCAAAUGCCUGUCAUUUCACAGGUGUCGUCAACUCAGAAUUGUGAAAGCACUUUCCCCUUGGGGUCUCUGGGUGGGUUGGCAGAGAAGGAAGAAGAUGUGCCAGAGCAGCCAAAGACUAACGCCACUGCUGAGGCAGCCGCAGGUGACCCUCCGAAACCGGAGCUGUCAUCUAUUACUAUUGAAUAAUUCAUGGUUUGGUUUCAUUUUUGUUCUUUGGAAAGUGCCUGUGUUUGGUCCUGUACAUUUUAAUUUAAUUUUUUUAAACAAAAGUGGGGAGAUUUUCCCUUUUUACUUUGUAAGCUACGCUUUAAACAGAAAACUGCAACAGACGUUACAUUAUUUUUCAUGACUGAAUGAUCACUUCUGUGAAAAUAUUUAAGACUGAAUGCACAAAAAGAUCUUGUCAGAACAUCAUGGAAGCUGUGAUACACUUCUAAAGAAGAACAACUGAUUCAGAUCACUUUAACUAUUUCUUCUUCCACAGUUAGAGCAGCUCAUUAAGUUUCUCUUGCUUCUGCAGACCCUCUGGUUAAGGGAAAGAAAUCAGAGGAAUCCUUUUUAAAAUGGCAAACAAAAGGAUGCAUUGGAAAUCAUUAUUGAACAGUUUUGACUAGUUUUGAGUGGAUGCUUUAAUCUUCUGCAUAAAAAAAUGACACUUCCUAUCUCUGUGCCUGCUGUUUUUCAAAGCGCUUACUGUAACCCUUUUCUUGGAAAUGGUAAGCAUUUUUGAAACUAACAGUCACACGCUUUUUAAAAACACAUUGUCCCUUUUCAUCUCAGAUGAAUCAGUUUUGACAAACCAAGUGAUGUCAUGCCAGGUAUUCCUACUUCUUAUAUUCCAGUCCUUUUAGAAACUGCUUGAUCAAAUAGCCUGUCCAGAUUUGCCCAUCUAAGGUUAGGCGUGGAAAUACUACGGUCAGGAAAAGCUUAAUGGUGCAUAAUGAAUUGAGGAUGACAGAAAAGUAUAUAUCCGUGCAAGCCUGACAAAUAUCUCAUGACUGUAUCUUUCUGUAGAAGGGGAACCACGUAUGAAAAGUAAGGUUUUCCCAAACUGAAAUUCUUAAAUCAUGACCAGAUUGUUUGCAGUUCUGGUCACUUCCCCCUAUCAUAUAUACUGUAUUUUUACUAAUGUCCAAAAGCUAGCUAGAGGGAGUUUACAGAUGGGAAAAAAAUGAGCUCUUUUGUGCAUUAUUGCACAUUUUUUUGUUUAUACAUAUGCAUGUAUAGUUUCUGAGAUUUUUAUUAGUCUGUUUUGGACAAAACAAGCAAUUUAUUCUCUGUAGAGGCCAACUUUCUAACCCAACAGGGGGUUGUUUACAAAAAGCCUAUAUAGCAAUGAUGAAUUGUUCCUGUUUCAAAACAUUUUAAAUCCUUGCCAACUCGGUUUAUUAAAGGCCAUUACUCCAGCUACAUACACAGCUCAAGUAAGCAAUAAAUUGAAAGAUUUGCAAUUUCGUUUUUCCAUAUUUAGAAAAAGCUGCAAAUUUAGGGUGUGGGAUUUUCAGAGCAGUGAGUCUUGUUAUGCCGAGGGUUUUUGGGCUAUAGUACUGCUUUGAAACCUAAAUUAGGAAAUAUAUUAGGAGGUUUGUGAUUUUUCUUAUUGCUUCUGAAGUUAACUCAGUGUUUGAUGCCAAAUGCCUGUCACCUACAGAAGACAUGCUGAGCGAGUAGGUAUUACUUGAUCUUAGUAUUCCAAAGGCAUGAUACACUCCGUUAGUUUUGAAUCUUGGGUUUUUUUAAAUUGUCCUCUGUCCGGAUUUGUUUUAUGCAAACAUGAGGAGGAAAUGAAACCAAUGGAGAAAGGUUGCUCUUGAAGAAACAGAAGACACAAAAGUCGUAUUAUAUUGCAAGAUCAAUUUGUAUUCAGUUAGCUUAGGCAGCUCUCAUACUCUCUAGGUCUGAGUUGUUUCUACUAAUAGCCAACUUUUGUAAGGAAAAAAAGUUUAUUGCCCUUUGGAAAGAGCUUAAAGGGUUUCAGUGACUUUUAACAAUUUUUCUUUGCUGUGUUUUAGGUAAAAAACACACAUUUUAGUUAAAUAGAGUGAAAACAGUUGGGAUUUAAGUCCUUUCCAAGUUACUGGAAUGAAGUUUCUCCACCAGAUCCAAAGGGUGUUUUAGAAACAUGCUGCAAAGAAGUUCUCUGCUACAAUUCAGUCUUGUAUGUCUACCUUUGUAAGUCUUCUUAAAAGGGCUUGAAGGACAAAUUCUUUUUUUGGGAUGCUGUGCUGUGAAUUAGUCCAGUGUCUGUUGAUGGGCUGAAUUUAAAGACCAGUUCUCUUCCACUUCUGAUUUCUGUAACUGAGAAGGCAGUGAGACAAGACAAUGCCUUUUGCUGAGUUUUAUCCUGAAUUAUAGGGCUAUGACACUGAACUCAAAUACAGAAUGUUCUUUUUUUUCUGAUAAGUGUUACUCCACUUCGCAGGUAUAUGAGAAUCCUUUGUGAUUCAUGUAGUAAAAGGUACUUCACACAGAAACACAUUUCCAGACUGUACAGAUGUAAUAAUCACAGGUGAUGGACAUAAUCUUCUGUUAGAAUCUGAUAAUUUUCACCCAUUGGAUAUUUUGCUAAACAGUUUAUUGGUGAGGUGAUGUGCAAAUACAGAAUAGACAUAUCUGGAUAUUGGAUUUUCAAGACUUAAAAUUUUGUGUCAGAAGGCAAACUGCUUUCUGAAUACCAAAGAGAAGGGGGGGGGGGGGGGAGUUAAAAAGACUUUGUAGCUCUAAUCUGUUCUUCCUUGAAAAGGAAUGAGUAUCAUAAACUGUUAACACCUUGGUACAAGGCAAGUCAUGGGUUUCAUUGUUCAUUGCACCGUGUUACACAUUAUCUUUUCAAUGCUGUAAUCUCUGUGUAACAUCUUAAUUUAGUUCUCACUUUUCAAUCUGAUUCAACUGCAGGAACAAUAGAGUUCUUAGAGGAUUUUAUUUGUUUGUUUGUUUUAGGGUUGGGUUUCUUUGUUAAUUUUCCUGUUUGUAAUUGUUUCUUGUUAAUAUCUCUUUUCUCCAUAGAAGUGAACACAGAUUAAAUAUAAAUAUCGUUUUAUUUCUCCUCCCUAACUUGUUGGAAGUGUUCAGUUCUUUGAAAUGCUGGUGGUCUUCACAGGAGAGGUGUAAAAACAUAGGACAUCUUAAAACAAUCUCUGUUGCUAAUAUGCUUAGAUUCCAAAUUGAGUGAGAUAGAUACCUAACUAAGCUAGACGAAACUUGCCUUAAGCUACACUUGGGAUUAAACCUAAAGCAUAAAUUUCUUUCAAUACAUUAUCAGAGGGGGUUUUGAACUCUGGACUGCAUUUUCUUUUUUUCUCUUUUUUUUCUACCACGCCCCCCCCCCCCCCCCCCCCCAAAAAAAAAAAAAAACCAAAAAACAAACAAACCAACAAGAACCAAACCCAUUAUUUGGUAUGCAUUUAUAUUUCUGCUUGACAAGGAUCACAGAAUAGUUGAGAUUGGAAGGGACUCUGGAGGUGAUCCCCGUACUCAAAGCGGAGUCAGUGAGAACUGGUUGCUCAGUCCAGUCGGGUUUUGAAUAUCUGCAGAGAUGGAGAGUCCCCAACUUCUCUGGGAAACCUGUUCCAGUGUUUGACCACCCUCACCAUAGAGAAGGUUUUAGUAUGUUUACAUGGGUUUUCUUGUAUUUCAGUUUGUGCCCACUGAGAAAGGUCUGGCUCUAUCUUCUUUGCCCCCUACUAUCCAGUAGUUUUACCCAUGGAUAAGAGCCCCCUGAGCCUUCUCCAGACAAAACAGUCCAAUCACUCUCAGCCUGUAUGGCAGAUGCUCUAGUCCCCUCAUCAUCUUUGUGGCCCAAUUUCUUCCAAGUAAUUACACACACGACCCAUUGCAGCAGUUUCUUUGUCGAUGAGUAGUCUCCAAAUUCAUUCACAGAGUGAUUUAUGUCUUGCUUUUGCAUAUCCUUCUCCCAUGUGGCACCAAUCUUUGCACUCAGUGGAAAAUCCGUUCCUCACCCAUUUAUUUUGCAAGCAGAGUGCCUUCACUACCACAGAACUAGCAAGGUUCUGCCGUAUGCCAGGGACCUGGAUUCUCAGAGUCUGUGCAGGGUCUUUACUCCUUGCAUAUUGUGUAAGCAGUACGUCUGAUGGGAACAAUGGGAAAGGAAGGGAUAGGUUUUUUCCUGAUUUAACGUGGUUUUUUGGGAGAGGGGAAAAAAUUCAGAAGCUUUCUAUUUCCCCACAAAGAGUGGAAGAAAAAGAAGUGAUGUUUUAGCCGUGCGGGAGAUUUGGCCAAGUUGUAAGGGUUUGUUUUGUUUUUUGAUGCAGACACGUAGCACAACUCCCCUGGACAUCCAUGGGGAUGCCUACACAUUUAGCAAAUUAAGCUCCCCGUCAGAACUGCUUGACACUGUUCUUACACAACAUUAAAAAAAGACGUGUGUUCCUGAUGAUUUGUCUGUCUUACUACAGUUUGAGUUUAGUUGUCAGGCUCGCAGAUACUAUGGUCAAGUCUCUCAUACUGAGAGAUUAGUAGACUAGGUUAUUGAAAAUGGUUCUGGGUUCACAUGUAUCUUGAGUCUAAAAGGUGUGAAUUUAAACUUUUUUAAAAAGUAAUAGCUGCCAAUGCAGUAAAAUAUAUUUUAUAAGACUAUGAUCCCUAUACGUCCCUUACGGGAUAAAAUUUUAUUCUUUUUAAGCUAUGGUUCAAAGUUUUGAUAUGAGGGCUUCAGUCGCUUCUUGGUUGCUGGCUUUCCCCUCCAGCCCCAGGAUGUAAGAGCACUGAGACUAUUGCCGGUCUCUCUCUGAGACGAACCAUGAGGCAUUUUAUAUGCAAAUAGAAUGGGAGCUUUGUGCACCCUGCAGGGAUGGAGAAAAUGCAGAUGUAGGAGCACCUGUUGCUCCUACAUCCAUUGCAACUUCCACACCAUCAGAAUAUGGAAAAUAGCUAAUUUUCAUUCAGAUUGAUUAAGUUCAAGUUUUGCUUACAAGGUGAAACCCAGUUUUGGAGGGUUCUCAUCUCCAAUUAUAGACAUAAUAAAUUCCAUAGCAUCUUGAUGACAGAUAAGAGGGUUCAAGGCCAGACGGUGCCUCAGCCACAUCAGAGGUCCCUAGUAAAUAGUCGGUUCAAAGUAUUUGAGGAAAUGUACCAUAAAAAACAAAUGUGAAUUUUUUUAAUGCAACAGUACUUACUGCUCUGGGUUUUUGUUAACUCAAUGUGUGCUAUCACAGUAAUUCAGUGUCCCACAGGUCUCAACUACAAAUCUGGUUGCACUGAAAAAAAAAGCUGAAUCAGUUUCUGGUGCUGCCAGCCUGUGUGGCAACUGUACCUACAGUCUUCCUGAGGGUUGCUGAAGUCCCCAGAGGAGUGAUUUUGUUUAACCAUACGUUUAGCUGAUGCAUGCUUUUGAUAUUCUGACUUAUAGCCCUGGCUACACAAAGUUCUUGGACAGCUUCUUUGCCCUGUUCCUGCAGUGCCUUCACUCUAGGUGCUGCCCUAUGGUGAAACCCCGAAGAGGGAAAAGAGUAAGCUGGAGGAAAAAAUGUGAAUUAAAUUAUUGUUGGGCUUCUUUGUGCAUUUUAGUAACAGUGAAACCCCCUUAACUGUGCCAGUCUCCGGUCACCAGCCGUAUAUCCAGUUGUCAUCUCAUCCACAGUACAGCUUCUCUUGUUGAUGCUGGCCACAGCUAGAUUACUUGGCAUGUUUAUUGACUUAACAGAAUUGUUUUUUGGUUUUGGUUUUGUUUUUUAAUGUAUACGAUGUUUAAAUACACUUCACAUUUUAUAUAAUACUAUCUGGCUAUUAGUAUUUUUCAGGAACCAUAGUUCUUGGUGGCUAUAUAUAUUUUUGUGACUUUUUUUGUAAACUAAGUGCCGUUUCAACGUUACAAUCAUUUUUAGAGUUAUUGUAAUCAAUGUGAAUAUCAUGUUUUUUCAAAUCUGUUCUGAGCCUGUAGUGUUUGCUUUGUGAUCAUAUGUGUAAUGUAUAUAUUCUGUAUAGUUACAUUGUACUGAAAUACUAGCUUGUUUGAUAUAAGAAAAGUAUGUAUUGGGUACCUUUUUGCUAGCCUGGUUGUUUAAUCUUUAAAAAAAAAAUGUUCUAAAAUACAAAAAAAAAAAAUAUCUUCAAACUGGUCCCAUUAUAGGUCAAAAUUAAGGGGGGAGAAAAACUAGUUUUGAGUGUCUUUGGAUAGAAACAUGAAGCUAAGAUUUUUCAUUAAAAUAUUAAUGUUUUAUGGAGUA